ACUCAAGCAUUAACCACCGCUUGAAACCAAGAUGAAGGCUUUCCUGAUUACAAUCGUCGUCUUAGCUGUCCUUUCCAAAGGUCAUUGCGAAGAUGCCAAAAAGAAAAAUGAGAAACGUGGCAUCAUCGAUAGUGGAUACGGUGGAGGAUUUGGAGGAGGACUAGGAGGAGGACAUGGAGGAAGCUUUGGUGGUGGAAGCGGUGGAUUUGGAGGUGGACAUGGGGGUGGCUUGGGAGGAGGAUUUGGAGGCGGACACGGGGGUGGUUUAGGAGGUGGAAUUGGAGGAGGAUUCGGUGGUGGAUUUGGAGGAGGAGCUGGAGGUGGAUUUGGAGGAGGAGCGGGAGGUGGAUUCGGAGGCGGAGCUGGCGGUGGAUUUGGUGGUGGAGCUGGUGGUGGAUUCGGCGGAGGAGCUGGAGGUGGCGCUGGAGGUGGAGCUACCGUCAGCACUGUUACCAGCACCGUCAAUGUACCAGUACCAGUUCCCCAACCUUACACAGUCACCCGUACCGUACCAGUCCCUGUACAAGUUCCAGUUCAAGUAGCUGUUCCACGACCUGUGCAAGUACCAGUCCCAGUUCCACAACCCGUUGUUGUACCACGCCCAGUACCAGUCACAGUAACCAGAACUGUCCAAGUUCCAGUACCAACACCAGUUCAAGUACCAGUCCAAGUACCAGUUCAAGUACCUGUUCCACAACCUUACACAGUCACCGUUCCACAACCCGUCCCAGUUAGAGUACCAAACACCGUUGUUAUACCAGUACCACAACCGAUCUUCGUUGGAGGAGGUGGUGGAGCCGGAGGCGGAGCUGGAGGAGGUUUCGGAGGUGGAGCCGGAGGUGGUUUCGGAGGUGGAGCCGGCGGUGGUUUCGGAGGUGGUGCUGGAGGCGGUUUCGGAGGUGGAUUCGGAGGAGGAUUAGGAGGUGGAUUGGGAGGUGGUCAUGGAGGAUCAGGAGGUGGUUUAGGAGGAGGAUUUGGAGGUGGUCAUGGAGGAUUAGGAGGUGGACUUGGAGGUGGAUUAGGAGGUGGACAUGGAGGAUUAGGAGGAGGACUUGGAGGUGGAUUAGGUGGAGGACAUGGUGGAUUAGGAGGAGGAUUCGGAGGUGGUUCCAUCGGACAUGGAGGUGGAGCAUCCAGCUUUUCUAGCGUUUCGUUUGGAAAACACUAAGUUACUAAAUUAUUUAACCACCUUUAAAACCAAAAAUAAAAAUGAAUGUCUUGCUGUGAUAACUUUU